AUGUUCACGCUCGACACCUACCUGGGCCACGUGCAGCGACUGUACGUCUCGGCACCGACUGAGCUCGUGCAGCUCAUCUCAUUCGACAGCGAAGCGGCGAUCGUCCAACAACUCUCGCAGUUGCUCAACGUUAGUACAGCCCCUCCUCGAACCUCACUUGAGCCGUUCAAAAUGUUCAAACCCCAAUUCUCACCCUCUGGUGUGAUCGCCGACAGAGCACUCCGGCCUUACGCUCAACGUCAUACACCUCGCACGCUCGAUCAUUCUUCUCUGACUCGCGGCCGUUCGCCGACUUGAUCGCUGCCUAUCUCUUGUUCUGUCGGGAUGCCCCGCCCCCCGACGAAGCCGAUGAUCCGAAUGCACUCAACACUUCCUAUUCGCUACUUGAGGAUUGCUACAAGUGCGUUCAGCGUCGCCCUAGCCCCGUCCCCUCGGCGGUUGCGCUCAUGUGGGGGUCAGCUUUUUCCUUUUUCACAGACAAGCGGACAAGCUCUUUGCGCAGGGCGACUCGGCGUGGGUUGUCCCCAUACUAAGGUCCUUGACCUUGACCUUGAUCCAAGUCGCUCUCAAGGUCCGUUUUCGCUCUUUUAGAAUACCCUGUCCCUCAAACUGAUCACCGCCGAGUUUUCGACUUAGGCCGGAACGAUUAUGGGCGAUCGCAAGUUGAUCAAAGCGGGCGAAGCAGCAAGAUUACUUUCCCGACCCAUGGGAGUAGCUGCUUCCGAUAGGUACAUCAACGCAUCUUAUUAGUCAUGCCCUUACCCCCACCAUGCCUAAAGCGCCUCCCCCCCCCCCCCCCCCCCCCCCCUCCUUCCCCACAGGUCCAAAGAAACACCGUCCAAACGUUCCGCGCUCUUCUUCCUCGUCAACUCGACCUUCAAAGUCUAUUUCGCGAUGCACAACCUUCGACUAUGCGACACCAUCUUGUCCAACACCUCCAACGCGGUAGGCGGUUCGUUCUCGGAGGAGAGAUAUUACCCCAAAAGUGAUCGGGUGACGUUCGCUUACUAUAGGGGGAGGGUAUGGUUGUAUCAGAGGAGGUUGCCGUUGGCGAGAAAUGAGUUGAGGAAGGCACUGGGCUUGGUCGAGGAACAGGCUUGGGGAAAUACAAGGUCAGUGCGAAGGGAGGUGGUGGCUAAGAACAUCCGAGGGGUAUUGACUCCUUCAUUCUUCUCCUAGAUUGAUUUUGAUCUACUUGAUCGCCGCUUCGUUACCGCUCGGAAUACUUCCUACCGUCCAUCUGCUUCAAGAGUACGACCUCGACGAUCAAUACGAAGGCCUGUUGCUCGCACUGACAGUAAGUGACGUUGGUCACUUGCUCUUCCCCGGACGGAAGAGCUGAUCGCAUCCCACUCUUUCCUCUCUACAGAAAGGCAACUAUGUCCAAGUGCUCGCCGAACUGGACCGCCAUCGCGCAUGGCACCUCUCAAAAGGGAACUACCUCCUGCUAAAAGAAAAACUCCAAGUCAUUUGUUGGCGCAACCUAGUUCGAACGACGUGAGUCGACAGGAGAGUCAUCGCUUCCUAGGAAAGAUACAGGAAAGCUGACGUGUGAAAGGACAUCGUCACGACUGUCCAGUUUGUUGAUCAUGACCCAUGGCAAACCUUUACCCCCUUCCGGACCACCUACCUUGUCGUUGAAUGCGCUGGUGGUGACGGCUAGGAUCGCGUUUGGGGAUCAGAGUUUGGAUCUGGAUGAUGUUGAGGGGAUGUGUACUUCGUUGAUGGAUCAGGUGGGUUAAAGUUCGUGUCGGAUCGGAUCGGGGGGGAGGGGUUCGAGCUGACGCUGUAUCGAUUCAAAUGCUUUUCUGAUUGGCUCAGGGUUAUCUCAAAGCCUACAUCAUGCACUCGAAAGCGUUGUUGGUAUUGCAGAAGUCGGCGACGUUUGGAUUCCCUCCCAUCUCGAGCGUACAUCCCUAG